AUGUGCCCUCAACCCAUUAGUAUUUCAGGGAAGGAAAAAGUGGGUGACCAUCAAACUCACUACAGGCUGUGGAGAAGAUCAGAUGCCCUUGUGAAGGGUUGGAUUUUUGGUUCUCUCUCUAAACCAACACUAGGGUAUGUUUUGGAUCGUCUCCAUCAACAGAGAAAUGCAACUGAUUUCAAUGGAAAAGAUGCAUGGGAUGAACUCCACACUAUGUACGCUCCUGUUGGUAUUCCACCUGAACUGCUAGUAGUUGAAGAUACACUACAAGAUAAAGACAAAGCAAAGAUUCUCGACAGAUUAUACAAUUAUACCGAAGCUGGUUAUUGGAAUGGGGUCGAAGACAUACUGAGGCAGGAAAAGGUUACAGUGACGGACAAAAUCACCAAUAAUGGCAACACCGCGCUCCAUGCAGCAGUUGGUACUUCCCAAGGCCGAGAAUUCUUAGAGAAAUUGUUGGAAAAGAUACCUGAGAACACACAGCUAACGAAUAUAAGAAUUUCAGAUGGAAGCACGCUGCUUCAUGUCGCUGCCAUUAGUGGCAACACUGAAACUGCUGACAUAUUGAUGGCAAGGGACCCAGAUUUGUUGUUGGUCAAGGACAAGGAGGGUCAGACACCACUAGCCUUGGCUCUUUCUAAUAUGCAUACCCAAACAGCCCGACAUCUGUUGCAAUGUAUCAAUACUCUUACUGAUGAUAUACAGAAGGAUGCUCUAUUUUCUGGCAAAACUGGUGAUGACCUUCUAGUUACUGUUAUUUCCUCUAAAGAUUUUGGCUUUGCAAGAGAACUGUUAAAGCAUUACAAAACAUUGCAUACUGAUGCUGUGUUGAUGGCUAUAGCUCAAAAUUUCCCUCCCAAGCUUAAAGUGACUGCCUGCAUCCUUAUGCCUUUCCUGCUUAUCCCUGUGAUGUUAGUGUAUCUAUUCUUUAAAGAGGGACAUAAAAAUUAUGAAGAUGCUAUAUGCCUGUUUUCGGAGGUAUCUAUGUUGAUAAGGGAAAAAAACCACUUCAGCUCUUACCAUCACUAUUACACAAAUCCGAUUCUUGAAGCCAGUAGACAAAAUGCAUAUGAGUUUGUAGAAAAAAUUAUGUAUCACUUCCCUAAUGCAAUUUGGAGUGCCAACGAAGAUGGUCACAACAUUAUUCAGUAUGCUGUGAUAAAUCGCUCAGAAAAGGAAGUGGAAAGAUUCAUUUGUCCUCUAAGCAUCAUACAAAAGAACUCUUUCAACGAAACACCACAAACAAUAUUUACUAGAGAACACAAGGAGUUGGUGAUUGAGGGACAAAAAUGGAUGAAGUCCACUGCAGAGUCCUACACGAUUAUAGCUGCAUUAAUCAUCACCAUUGUGUUUGCAGCAGCUAUCACAGUGUCAGGAGGAAACAAGCAGGAAGGUGGGAUACCAAUGUUUACCAACCACACUGCCUUCACAAUAUUUGCAAUAUCAGAUGCCAUAUCAUUAUUCUCAGCUGUUACCUCAUUGUUAAUGUUUUUGUCGAUUCUCACUGCACGUUUCGCUGAACAAGACUUUCUCUUCAAGUUGCCUACAAAGUUGAUAAUUGGUUUGGCCACCUUGUUCAUCUCAACCACAGCCAUGAUAGUAGCUUUUGCUGCAACGUUAUACCUUGUAUUUGGCCAAAGCAACUCAAGGAUUCUUAUUCCUAUAGCUGUGCUGACAUGCCUACCAAUUACUUCUUUUGUGACCCUGCAGUUCCCUCUUGUCAUAGAGUUGAUGAGUACUACAUAUGGUGGUAGUAUUUUUGAUCCUCUCACUUCUCUUGUUUGGUUUUCCCUGCGCCGCUUGCUCUGUGAAUCGCUAGGUGUGCUCUGGUGUAGCUCGUUGUCAGCUAAUCGAGAAGGCACGUCCUGGUGCACAAGGUCAGAUUUGAAGCUAAGACAUAGUAUGCAUUGUAGUGAGCAACGGGUAGCCAUCACAAUUAUAGCCCUAAUGAAAGAAGAGAGUCUUGAAAAGGUGGCAAAGAUGUAA